AUGAACAGGCAAAUCAUGCUGAGGACCACUUCUAGAUGGUUUUUCAGCGGUAACCUGGUGAGAUUAUCAUCCACGGCUAAAAAGGAUGGUGCCUCCAUGGUCUUCCCAUUUUUCCAAAGAGGUGUCAGUUUCGCCAAUCAUUUCAACAAGAUCCAAAGGGCCACCAAGACCCCCAUGUCACACCUUGGGGUUAAAAGAUUGACAAUUCCAUAUGGAAUAGUCACUAGAUACGGCCAAAUCAGCAAUUUGCGCUCUGUUCUCUCAAACUGGAGGACAUUCGCUACCCAUAGACAAUUGAACUUCAGCUACAGUCGAUUCGGAGGGUCCAGAUUCAACAGCUUGGUGGGCCCUUUGGUGUUCACAAUUGCGUUUGGCUUGGGAACUCAUUUUUUGGCUCCAUAUGCGGUCCAGUUAGUGCCUGCUCGGUUGAGGCAACCGGUGGUGUUGUACUCAAUUAUCGGGCUGAACGUUCUAGUUUUCAUGGCCUGGAGAAGUAAUCAGUUUGGAAGGGUCUUGUACAGAUACUUUUUGUUGGAUAAACAAGCCAUGUGGAGCAAUUGGUCGAUGCUAGGCUCUGCUUUCUCGCACCAGGAUUUCUGGCACAUUCUGUUCAACCUGUGGUGUCUGUACUCUUUCUCCACUACUCUGAUCCAGGUCCUGGGCCCAGCCAACUUCCUUGAGGUUUAUCUCAACGGAGCUGUCAUAUCGUCUUUGGCUUCUCUGGCAUAUCCAAAGGUGUUUAGACUAGCCACCAACUCUGUGAGUUUGGGUGCCUCUGGAGCGGUUUGUGCUAUCUUCGGUGUAUUCACAGCGUUGUUCCCUACCGCUAAUGUUAGCUUGUGGUUCGUACCGAUAUGGGGAGGAGCAUCCACUGCUUUCGGUGGAUUUGCGAUUUAUAACAUUUUGGGCUGUAUUUUCAAGUUUGGUUCGUUGGACUAUGCAGCCCAUCUUGGGGGCAUGGCCGCUGGACUAGUUUACGGAUAUUACUAUAAGCAGAAGGCGCAGAAGAGACGUCAGCGUGCCACGGUCUGGGGUUUUUGA